CGAUUGGUCUGGCAGAAUUAAUUGAAAAUCUCUACCACUUGAUGAAAACACGUGCCGAUUUAUUAUGGCAUCAGCUAUCUUAUAGCGUAAUAAAAACAAAUGAGCUUUUACUUCGCGGCACUAUCGUGCUUAUUUCAAAAUAAUAUUUCUUGCUGGGAGAAUGGCCGGGGAUGGAUAUAUUUGCUAAAUAAUGUUUAGAUAUAACAAAGUUAUUCAAAUUGACAUCUUUCUUCUAAACGGAUAACAAAUUGCCAACAUCUGAAGUCCGAACUCUUGUCACAGGAAUGGAUUUGUAUAUUCACCUAGUUUUCUCACUGGUAUUGUUGAUACAGGCGGCAUUGGGCAUUUAUAUCCAAGAUAGAGACGACAGUACUAGUACUCUAAUAAAGAAACAAUUUUCAUUCCCUGUUAUGAGGCACUAUAUGCCACAUGGCAAACAUCUGAAAUCCAAGAGACUUUUAAGAAAGCUCGGUAAAGAUUUUAACUCUGAAUGGAUGUCUACGGAAAUACCAAAAAUAUCUAACUAUGUUCCUGAUACAUUUCCUCUUUACGGGAACAAAAUCGAAGACAGUCUGGCAAAAUUAAGAUUGGAUCAAUUGGUUAAGAUGCAUGCCGUUGAUAUGGGACUCAGCAACCAAACACAAGAAAUAAUUAAAACUUUUAUGCAACGAAUGUCCACUUGUCACACAAAUUUUGAAUGGGAAGAAUUAGGGAACUUGUUUUGGCCCCGUUAUGUGAAAUCUGGGAUAUGUGUUUCAAGCGGCUCAUGCUCCUGGCCUUCAGGAAUGCACUGCCAGGCUUCAGAAAAUAAAACUUUACGUUUGUUGCACUGGAGAUGUAUCCGGCGGAAACAGACAAAGACCAAAGUUAUCGGAAAAACCAACAAAGAUAAUAGAACAAAAGAAAUCAAAAGAAAAACACGAAGAAAUAUAAGGAGUACUAGUGGAGUAAUUGGAAAGAAGCUAAAAUGCAGAUGGAAGAAAAUACCAUAUGAAGUGACAGCUAAGUGCGGAUGCUCUUGUUAAACAAUUGGUUGACACAACAAAAGUAAAAUUGUUAUGUGCAUAUUUAAUGCGUACUACUGUACAGUCUUAAUAACAGAUCUUUGUUGUUGUUGUUUUUUAAAGGUGCCAUUUUGUUAUUAUCGCCAAUUUUGCUUGAUUGUUCCAAUUAUCUGUUCUAUUUUGUUUUAUAUAAAUAAAUUUAGAUAUGA